AUGUCGCCGCCAGUUGAAGUUUGGCUGAUGAUUAAAAUACUCUCGAUCAAUGUUCCGAGGACCGGCACUGUUGUUCUGUCGCUCAAUGCCCGUAUUUUCUCUUCUCAGGCAUUGGAAGUCACACUGCAGCAUUUUCCGUCUCAGACGUACUGGAAAGUUGGGAGAAGCUUUUUCUCCCCAAUGGACCCAUUUGACUUGAGAGAAGGAAGGAAUGCGCAUUUUGGCUUUUUUAUGAGCCUGAGGCCCGGGGAUACCGUCAGGAAAGACGGAUGGUUGAUGACUCUGACUGUAAAUAAAGCGGCCACUGGUUUCGUGAAACCUGGGAAUGUUGUCGACAUUGUGAUGGAGAUCACGAAUUCCCGUACCAUGGAUGAUGUCUUCCGUCGAUUCCGGAAUUUGGCCAAGCUCCGGGAUGCUGUGAAGGGAGAAUUGAUCGGUCUCAAAGUGAAGACCCUUCACAAUCCGAAAGUUCCGAGAAAGUACGGGGUGAUCGACGUGACUCGUGCGAGUUCCAUGGAGUUGACAUUUGACGCGGAAAUCAAUGGAAAGACCAGAAAAACAAAUGUUGCGGAUUUCUUCAAGUCUCAGUACAAUUGGGCGCUGAAAUUCCCAGGCUUGCCUUGUUUGCAGGUCGGAAAGCGAGAAAAGAAAAUCUACAUUCCGAUGGAGGUCUGCGAAAUUGUUCCUGGUCAAACGAAACUUGGACGACUCUCACAGCAGCAAACCGCUGCGCUCAUUCGCAAGACAGCGAUUCCCGCUUAUGAACGCAAGGGCGACAUUGAAAGAACUAUGGUGAACUUGGUGGGGAGUAUGAGACCCAUGCUGGAAAGACUCGGCAUGAACAUCGACUCGAGAAUGCCGCAGAUCGGUGGACGCGUUCUCCCCGCGCCAUCGUUGUCGAUGCAAAAUGGCAGGGCCAACCCAAGUAACGGCAAGUGGGAAAUGAGAUCUUGCCGAUUCUUCAAGACCAAUACUGAAGAAACCAAGUGGGGAUACGUGAAAUUUAGAUCAUCUGAAGUGCCAGACAAUGUUAUGAGAGCGUUCGGAGAGAACAUGACCCGUCAAGCGGUUCAAACCGGCUUGAAUUUGCAACCACCUGUGGAUUUCGGUACUAUCGAGGAUCCUUCGCAACUCCGCAGGAUUGGAGCUCACGUUGUGAACAUAUUGGUGGUUGUCUUGCCGGGAAGAGAGGACUAUUAUGGCGAGAUAAAGCGAAUUGCUGAGACCGAAAUGGGCUUGAUGACGCAGUGCUUGAUGCCGAAGCAUUUCGGUGGUGGAGGUGGAGGUGGAGGUCGUGGCGGCCGUGGUGGUCGUGGAGGCGGCUUUGGCGGAGGCGGCGGCGGCAGUGGCCCAAGUCCGCAGUAUAUCGGAAAUGUGCUUCUGAAGAUUAACACUAAGCUUGGUGGAGUAAAUUCCGUUCCCGUCGCGGACGACAUGACGCAGCGGUUCUUGAUGUCGGAACCUACUCUGAUUGUCGGAGCUGAUGUUACUCACCCCGCGCCUGGAUCAGAUCAGCCGUCGAUUGCGGCUAUCGUUGGGUCUGUCGACCUUGUCGGCAUGAAGUACACGGCUGACAUCCGGGUUCAAGGGUCUCGGGUGGAAUUCAUCGGUGAUAUGAAGGAGGUGAUGAGGAAAAGGCUUCAAGAAUUCAAUAGGAGCACCGGCCACAAGCCCACGAGGAUUAUUUUCUUCCGUGACGGAGUCGGUGAAGGAAUGUUCAAGGAGGUGCGAUCAUAUGAAAUAGCGAAAAUCCAGGAAGCUUGCACCAGUCUUCAUCCGUCUUACAAACCGAAAAUAACAUUUGCAGUCGUCCAGAAACGUCAUCAUACCAGGCUAUUCCCGGCCGAUCAAAAGGACGCCAUGGGCAGAAGCGGAAAUGUCCCCGCUGGGACGGUAGUGGAUCAGUUCAUAACGUCCCCGUGGUUCUUCGAUUUCUAUCUCGUCUCUCACGAAGGCAUCCAGGGCACGAGUAAGCCGACGCACUACUGCGUUCUCUGGGAUGAUAACCAGUUCAGUCAGAACGGAUUGCAAGCCGUGGCCUAUUAUUUGUGCCAUUGCUAUGCGCGUUGCACGAGGUCUGUUUCCAUUCCUGCGCCAACGUAUUAUUCUCAUCAUGUGGCCCUUCGUGCCAGGGAAUAUCUGAAUUCUAUCCGCAACUCCGACUCCGCGACAAGCUCUUCUGACGUUUCCGGUGGUUCUAAAGAGGCGGAUUUCGAUCGACUUACGCAGCAAAUCCGAUGUGCUGCGACAGGACUGAUUGCAGCGCCUGUGGACAGCACGAAGUGGGGUGCCCCUCAUACGAAUUUCGACGUGGAGCAUUUGUUGGAGGACUUCUCCCUAGUUGUUGACCAACAAGAGAACCAGUUGAACAUGGGAUUGAUGGUCAACUCCGACUCCGCGACAAGCUCAUCUGACGUCUCCGGAGGUUCUACAGAGGCAGAUAUCGAUCGACUUACGCAGCAAAUCCGUUUGACUGACAACAUGGUUGGACAUGUUGAAGCCAAGCUUGUGGGGUUGUUACUUAACAGAAGAUGCUGGUAUAGGAAACUUCAAGAGGCCCAGCAUGCUGCAGAACUAAAUGUCAAUAGCUGUUCGUCAGGCUGUUGUGCCUGGCCUGGAGAGCAUUCCAUGUCGGUAGGAGUCGAAGGAGCCGGGGGCCCUGGAGCAGGGAUGCGUCAGCGGUCGAGCUGGGCAGCGCUCUGCGUCCUGGUGCUGGCCCUGUGGCCCGAGGCCGGGAAGCUCGCGUCGGGCCAGGCGCAGCGCAUCGCGCUCUACUCGGGCGCCGACGGCAAGGGCCAGGCCGUCCUCCUCACGGACUCGUGCGAGGACCUGGGCGACCGCUCCAAGCCGGGCUGCACGGGCAUCCCCGCUGGCACCAGCUUCGACAACAAGGCCCAGAGUGCCCGGAUUGACGGCUUUUGGGUGCUGUACAAUGACAAGCGCUUUGGGCCCUCAGACCCCAUCCACUACAUAGUCGGCAUGGACAAGACAGUGAACCUGGGGCGGUCAUCGUCCAAGGCGUCCUCCGUGCGUCGGGUCGGCUCUCUGACCAACUGGAAAAAGGACGAGCACUUGUCCCUGUUCCAGUACAAGAACUUUGCCGGCAAUGAAGUGGUCAUGAACCCCUACCAGCCCACGUUCUUUGGCCACGAGGGCAUCCCGGCCCAGUCUGCUGUGGCCAUCAACUCUGAGUGGACCGUCGUCACUGAGCACCAGAACUUCUGCCUCCGGGCCAAAGGUGGCGCCUACGUCGUCAUGGACUUCCGCAAAGAAUUCGACCUGUCCCUGGAAAUGAUCCUCCACAUCCGCCACGGCUGCAUGCUCGCCACCGGCGCCAAAAACUCCUCCCACGGCGGCUUCAGCGUCGUCUCGCCGACCCUGUCCCCGUCCGGCGGCGCCCAACAACAACAACCCCAGCAACAACCACCCCAACAACAGCAACAGUCCAUGUCUUCGCAGCAGGGCGCCUCUCAGCAGCACCAGCAGAUGCAGGCGCCUCUGCACAGCCGCAUGCUCCAGCGGCGCCGCAGUGCCAAUCACGACCAGUACGGAUCGCCGCCUCUGCAGCAGCAGCAGCAGAAUAUGUACCAACAGCUGGAGCUGGACCCACUGAACAAGAUCCUGCCGCCUGGCGUGGGAUCUGGCCCACAGCUGGCCCUGACGUUGACGCGCGAAGUGUCCACGUUGCUGCCUGCUGCCAUGCAAGAGCCGCCGCCGCAGCCCUAUGUAGACCAGGCCAAUGCAGCUGCCCAAGUCCUCACCAACACCAGUUUCCUCCCAGCAGAUCCCCACCAGCCAAUGCCACAACAAUUCUCGCUGAAACCCAGCUGGAGCCCAUUUGCUGCUGCUGGCAGUGGCACUGCCCUGGGCAACCGCCAGAUGUCCUCGCAGUCUGCCCAGCAGCAACCAGCAUCACCAUCAGCAUUGGUACAACAAGAACCUUCAGCACUGGCACCCCCAAAGCAGUACAUGGACCAACCACAGCAGCAGCGAGGGAAUCUGCCUGUGGAUGCGUUUGCUGCUGAACCCCGGCAGAUGGAGCCUCAACAGCAGCAGCAGCAGAAGCCACAAGGAAACUCUAUGCGACUUCCAGAUAGACAUAGAUUGACUGAGUCUGUGUCUACUGAUGAAUAUCAGCCAAUGCAGAAACAGCAGCAGCAGCAGGCUGUUCCACAUUAUCAACAGGUUUCCUCAGGGAGUCUGUGUGGUGGCAGUGCUCUCAGCAUGGACAGGCGGACAUCUUAUGCUGCAAGACCAAGGGUGAACAGUGGUAGACCAUUUGGAAGGUUUCAUCAUAAGCCAAGGUUAGAAAGACCACUGCCUGCACCACUUCCAGCAGCUGCUCCUCAGCAACCAAUGCCUAAUAGUGCUCAGCAGACUAGUGAUGAACAGGCUUCAGGGCCUAACCUUCAGUAUGGAACCCAAGCAAGGGAAGGAUAUGAAGGCCCUGAAAACCCUGCAGAAAUGGAACAGUCCAAGGAAUCUUCCCAAGGUAUUGUAAGGUCAAAGCUGCGGCGAGAGCGCGUGGAGUUGGUGCGGGUGGGCGACGCGGCCCUGGAAGACUGGAGCGAGGAGGCGACGGAAGUGGCGGCCGACUUGGCCGCCUCCCAGCCCGACGGCUCCGUCCGCCGCCGGCCAAGCAGGAACCCGUCGGCCGAGUUCUUCCUCUCGUUCUUGCGGAACCACUCUGGCACGUCCAGCCGCUGCAGCGACUCCUGGAACCGCAGCUCGUGUGAAGACAGGCGCCUCUCGGACCCGGCCACCCCGCAGGGAUCGAUCAUCAGCAGGCCCGGGGUUCCACCACCACCACCCUCGUCCGGGGGCUGCGAGACAAAGCAAAAGGAGGCGAGGGAGAUUUAUUUGGGCCGUCAUUCUAUCAACCCCUCCUCAUCGGCGGAGCCAAGAGAUAUUCUCGAAAUU